CUCAAUUCCACAAACACUUCCAUUCAUCAAAACUCUUUCGAAAUUCCCUUCAUUUUCUUGCCCAUAAAAGAUGUCCACCGCCCAACAAGUACCCAUUCAACAUGAACGAGAAGCCCGGCCACUGAAACGCCACCAUUCCGCCAGCUACUAUGUCCAUCGAGCCCGUGAUAGUUUGACCACUCGGGUCUCCAAGAUUAUAUGUGGCAUAUUCCUAACCCUUCUAUUCAUUGUUGGCAUUGCUGCAUUCAUAGCAUGGCUCAGUUUGCGCCCACAUCGUCCUCGGAUCCACAUCCGGAAUUUUUUGAUUCCAGGUUUGGAUCAGCCAACUGGGUUCGAUAAUGCUGAGAUAAUUUUCAAUGUCACAGCUCGGAACUCGAACCAAGUAAUCGGGUAUUAUUAUGAUUCAGUGGAAGCCUUUGUUCAUUACAGAAAUCAAGUGAUUGGGUAUGCACCUUUAGUUGACUCGUUUUAUCAAGAGCCCAAAAAUACAACUAUUUUGUACAAGGUUUUGAGUGGGGCCACCCUAAAUGUGACUAGUGACAGCUGGUCUGAGUUUAGGAAUGAUCGUGCGCUCGGAACAGUUGUUUUUCGUUUGGAUGUAACGGGGAUGGUUCGAUUUAAGGUGUCCACGUGGGACAGUAAGCGCCAUCGGAUGCAUUCCAAUUGUGAAAUUGGUGUUAGCCCAGAUGGGUCCAUCUUGGCAAGUUAUAAAAACAAGAGGUGCCCUGUAUAUUUCAGUAAUUGAUUUGUCAGAGUGUAAGUUAUGUAAUUUUCUUUGUAGUUGUCUUUAUCUUUUUAAUUUGAAUAUAUUUUACUUGGAUAUU